AACUAAUGACAAAGUUCGACGGAAUGACAUUGGUGUGGAGUGUUGAACCAAUAUUAGAUGUACACUCGAUUGAUGAAAUUCGUCGAUUGUGUAAUGGUCAGAACAUUGCUUUCUUUGGUGCUGUGGGACAUGGCAAGUCGUCCAGUAUUAAUACCCUGGCAGAGGCGUUAGGUCAUGGCGAGGUCACUGAUACAUGGGGUGCAUCUGGCAGUGCAGGUACCCUUGUGGUGUCUCCUCACACCAUUACGUUUGACCAGUCCUCAACUGUCACACUCGUCGAUGUGCCGGGUAGUGGACUACCACGAGUCAAUACGCAGCACGGCUCAAACCAACUGAAAGACGUGAUCGGAUGGAUUAUGGAUGGUAAGUUUCCCCAAAAGACGCCAACUGACUAUUGGGAGCGUGGUGGGUUGAGUCCGUGGAAGAGCUACUUUCUGAAGCCUAAAGUCGGUCGAAUUGACGCUGUGGUUAUUAUUAUAAAGGCCACUGCCCAGGUGGACAGGAUGAUUAACAUCAUUGUUUCCGAAUCCAAGAACAGAGGUAAUGGUAUUCCUAUACAUACUAUAUUAACACACGUCGACCAACUACGGGAUAGAGGCGAGAUAAAGAAAAAGGUGAAAGAAGUAUCACGCUGUAUUGGAGUGGAAGAAACGCGUAUAUAUCCACUUUCAAAUCGUGUCCGGGGCGGUGACUAUCUCGUCGGAAAUGACAGAGAUACACAUGUGUUAUGUAUGCUGGCCAAGUUAUUAAGAACUGCAACACAUUUUCAAUCAAAUGAAAACAGAAGUCCAUUCAUGAAGCGACGGGCGAAUUGGGAUUCUUGUAACACCCCUAAACGAUUUAAACGAUAACACAGCGCAGACCUAUCCUAACAUGGACGUUAUGGUUGAAUGUAUAACGUUUUCGUGGUAUUUUGUAUAGUGUUCGUCAGUCAUAUACAAUACGCGCACAACGAUCGCGCAUAUACAUAAGGUGUCCCCAAACUACCAAAUGAGGAAACAGACGACAUAUAAUUUCAUCUGGUAGAAGUUUGUGUUUUUGCAAGUACUAGAAUUUGGUGUGAGCAACCUUUCUUUCUGAAAUGUACUACUAUGUUGAAGGUGGUCGGCUGACCUGAAUCUCGAUCGUUAUUCUUCGUACACGGUCGCGGUCUAUCACAAUUUAAUGAUGUACACGAGUGUUACAGCCAAUUUACAAUCGUUAGUGUGUAAUCAUGGUACAACCAGGAAACAUUUAUUAAAUUAUAUUACAAACAGAUAUUAACAAUUUUACCAUUUUCAAUUGAUAUAACUACUAAUAAAAGAGUUAAUACGAAUUAAAA